UGUGCUUGUAAAAUUUAACCCCCAAAAUGUACAUAUGGCGAUACAGUAUUGGUACUCACGGCCGGCCCUUCAAGUUGCCUUACAUGUCAGUGUAAUUUGUUUAUUUAUUAUCACUUCAUUAUUUUUUUCAUUGCCCUUCCCAAGAGUUUUUCUAUAUGGGCUUAGAUUUGUAGGACCCUUCUCUUUCCCUGUCUGUCUUAAUAGAUUAGUGCAACUGUAACUGUAAACAAGCAGAAACAGGUCAGUUUAGUGUUCACACGGCUGCUAUUCCAAGUAAUAUGAUUUUUAUUUGAAAAUACCAUAUAUUUAUGGGUCUAUAAAUUGGCGCUUCUUCAUUUAAUCAUCAUCAUCAGCUGCAAGAGAGUCAGGCAGAGAGAUAAGAAGAUAGAGUGCUAAAAGAGAGAGCAGAGAGCAGAGCAACAAGAGAAAUGGAAAGACAAUCAGAACAAGAAUAUGACCAACAACAACAAGGAGGAGGAGGAGGAGGAGGAAGCAAUAGAAUUGCUUCACUUGAUGUUGACAAAAUCAAAUCCUCCACCACCACCACCAGUAACAAAGAUGAUGAUCCUAAAACCCAGAAACCAGGGUGGAAGAAUUUCUUGGCACAUGUAGGUCCUGGUUUUCUUGUCUCUCUAGCCUAUCUUGAUCCUGGAAAUUUGGAGACUGAUCUUCAAGCUGGUGCCAAUCAUCGAUACGAGCUAUUAUGGGUAAUCUUGAUUGGAUUAGUCUUUGCUCUUGUUAUUCAAUCUUUAGCAGCCAAUUUAGGUGUAACCACAGGAAAACACUUAGCGGAGAUUUGUAAAGCUGAAUACCCAGUAUUUGUGAAGAUUUGUCUAUGGUUGUUGGCAGAACUUGCAGUUAUUGCAGCUGAUAUACCGGAAGUGAUCGGAACUGCGUUUGCUCUAAACAUAUUAUUUAGCAUUCCAGUAUGGGGUGGAGUUUUGAUUACUGGUCUUAGUACUCUUUUACUUCUUGGACUACAAAAAUAUGGGGUUAGGAAGCUAGAACUGUUGAUAGCAAGUCUAGUAUUUGUGAUGGCCGCUUGUUAUUUUGCGGAAAUGAGUUACGUGAAGCCGCCUGCAGCAGAUGUGAUGAAAGGUAUGUUCAUUCCAAAGCUUAAUGGUCAAGGAGCUACUGGAGAUGCCAUCGCCUUAAUGGGAGCACUUGUUAUGCCGCACAACCUUUUCCUUCACUCUGCUCUGGUUUUAUCAAGGAAGGUACCACAAUCUGUCAAGGGCAUCAAUAGUGCGCGCAGAUACUUCCUUAUCGAAAGUGGAUUUGCAUUGUUCGUCGCUUUUUUGAUUAAUGUGGCUGUAAUCUCUGUCUCGGGAACUGUUUGUUCAGCUAAUAACCUCACCGCCGAAAAUGCCGAGCGGUGCAGUGAUUUAACCCUCAACAACGCUUCUUUCCUUUUACAGAAUGUUUUGGGAAAAUCAAGUUCAACAUUCUAUGCCAUUGCACUACUAGCUUCUGGACAGAGUUCAACCAUAACCGGUACCUAUGCAGGACAGUUCAUUAUGCAGGGGUUCUUAGACCUUAAAAUGAAGACAUGGUUAAGAAACUUAAUGACUCGAUGCAUAGCAAUUGCACCUAGCCUUGUUGUGUCCAUAAUUGGUGGAUCUUCUGGAGCCGGUCGACUUAUCAUCAUCGCAUCGAUGAUAUUGUCCUUUGAGCUUCCAUUUGCUCUCAUCCCACUCCUCAAAUUCAGCAGCAGUGUUACCAAAAUGGGUCCUCACAAGAACUCCAUUUAUAUCAUUGUAAUUUCAUGGAUUCUGGGGUUAUGCAUCAUUGGGAUCAACAUCUACUACUUGACCACAGCUUUCGCAGGCUGGAUAAUACAUAAUAACCUACCAAAGGUGGCAAAUGUGUUUAUCGGGUUACUUGUGUUCCCACUCAUGGCCAUAUACAUUAUUUCUGUCAUCUACUUAACGUUCAGGAAAGACAGAGCUGUGACUUAUGUAGAUGUACUACUAGAUGGCCAGAACAAUAAAUUGGAGAAAGGGUUGAAAAAAGAUGAUGAAGAAGAUGAUGUUGUGCCUUAUAGGGAGGAUCUUGCUCACAUCCCACUCCCUAACUAAACUAAAGAAAUAUAUUUAUGCACCAAGUGCCUCUAGAUAUCUUGGUGUGGAGUUGCCAAAAUUCAGAGAGGGUUUCGAGAUUUUCCGUUUUUUUUUUGUGCAAGUUUGUAUUUCAACCCUUUCAAUAAUUUUACUUGUAGUGUAUUUCACUUCGGGUUGUAGUUUGUAGAUUUAUAUUAGCAGUUUGAUAAUGUAAGUACGCUAUGGAACAACAAGUACUAGAGUUGUUAGAAUUAAAGUGAAACGAUUAUCUGAGAUAUAAUAAGAAGAACAUCUUUGUUUUGCUCUA